AUGGGAACCCUUGGACUGUCCAGUAAGGUUGCGGCAGCGGUGAUGUCCGUAGUGUCCAUUAUGUCGCUGACCACUGCCUAUCAUUUGCCGGCAGGUCCUUUACCAGACUACUCCUACCCUGACUACGGCCCUCCGGUAGCCCCACCCCCGCUGUACGGCCUAUCUAAGUCUAUAGACUACUCCUAUCCAGAUUACUUCAAGUACGGUUACAAAGACAAGGAACCCUUAGACCCGGAAUACAAAGACAACGAAGCCAAAAAACACAGUUAUCGCAGAUUCCGUUAUUUCAUCGACUACGGUAAACAUUUCCCAACUGUCAACAAUAAUAAUAAUAACAAUGUCACGCCGGCUCCCAUCAUCCCCAUACCUCAAACUUAUUACCCCCCUCCCCCUCUACCACCAAAGAAAUAUUUCCACCCCUCUCCCCCCAUGCCCUAUCAAAAACCCUAUUACGGAGCCCCACCCCCUUACUGGGCGCACGGUGGCGGCCAUUACGAGCCCAAACAGCCAAUGCAAUACAAGUACUCUCCGUACCCGCAUUCAGCGUACGGCGCCGGAUAUAAGGGCGGACACGGCGGUAUGUACGGCCCCUACGGAGCUGGUCUCAAAGGCGAAUAUGGCUAUGGUCAUGACUUUGGCUACGGAGGAGGGUAUGAGCCGUAUGCAGGAACUUACUACCUAGGAGGACACUAUGGUGUCGGGGUCAAGGCUGGUAACUAUGGGAACGGUUACCUGGGUUACGGAGCCUCAGGUUACAAGGGAUAA